GCGCACCUUCCCUCCCACCAACGAGCUGUCACUCAGUCUCUCUCUCGACGUCUUCCAUCAAUCAUCACCUCCUCCUCCUCCUCCUCCUCAUCAUCAUCAUCCUCAUCAUCACAACUCUACCCCUCUCGAUCUCCUUGAUCUCCUCGACUCUCUCAUCCCAUCCACUCUCGUACUUCUGACUCUCCUCCAUUGCUCAUCUCCCCUCCCUCCCUCCCUUCCACCCCACCCACUGCUCCAGACUCCCUCUCCGCCAUGGCGUCCCGCCCGGCGCCCCCCAUCCCCUCCCGCUCACGGCGCGACCUUCCCCCAGGCGCAACCGAACCGCGAUCUCGUCCCAAGCCAAGAAUCGGCCAGUACAUCAUCGAGCGCACUCUGGGCACCGGCUCCUUUGGCAAGGUCAAGCUCGCCACGCAUGCUAUCACUGGCCAUCAGGUAGCGCUCAAGUUGAUCAACCGCAGCAAGAUCACCACGCCGGACAUGAACGCCCGUGUUAAGCGCGAGAUUCAGUAUCUCAAAGUGUUGCGGCACCCGCACAUUAUCAAAUUAUACGAGGUGAUAACAACGCCAACGGACGUAAUCAUGGUGAUGGAGUAUGCGGGCGAGGAACUGUUCAACUACAUCGUAGCCAAGGGCAAGGGCGGGAUGGACGAGAACGAGGCGAGGAGGUUCUUCCAGCAGAUGAUCAGCGCUAUCGAGUACUGCCAUCGACACCACAUUGUACACCGCGACCUCAAGCCAGAGAAUCUGUUCCUUGACUCACACAACAACAUCAAGAUCGGUGACUUUGGUCUGUCUAAUCUCAUGACUGACGGCGACUUUCUCAAGACGUCGUGUGGUAGCCCCAACUACGCCGCGCCCGAAGUUAUCUCGGGCAAGCUCUACUCUGGUCCCGAGAUUGAUGUGUGGUCUGCCGGUGUCAUCAUGUACGUGCUAUUGUGCGGCAAACUGCCAUUCGACGACGAUCACAUCCCCUCGUUGUUCAAGAAGAUCGAAAGCGGGCGGUACACGAUGCCGACGCAUGUCUCCAAAGAGGCUCAGCAUGUGCUGCAACGCAUGCUGGUCGUCGACCCAGUCAAGCGCGCCACUAUCGCCGAGAUCCGCCAGAUGCCCUUCUUCACCGAGCACCUUCCUCACUACCUCCAGCCCCUUCCACCAACACCUAUGACAGAGAGGUACCCAUCCUUGCCGAUGGAUGACUUGAGCACGCUACUUUUGCUCAACGAGGGGCAGGCCGACCCCAAGAAGGUCGCUGAGGAGAAAGGGCUCGUGUUCACAAACGACCUCGGCAUCAUCGACGCUGACAUUGUCGCUGAGCUCCUCCAGAAGAUCUCAACGUACACUGAACCGAUGGUGUGGGAGGCACUGCAGAAGGAAGGCGAUAAUCAGGUGAAGGUGGCAUACCAGCUUGUGAGAGACCACAAGCGCAUGCUUCGCGACUCGAUGUACUCGUUCGAGGAUGAAGACCACAACGCACUCGAAGACUUCAUGGCGUCUUCCCCGCCGGCAUGGAACGCUGAAGUGCCGCCACCGGGUGGGAGCGCGCCUGAUGUCGGCGACGUCGGCGCCGAGGAGAACGAUCUGGACGAGGUCGACCCGGAGAUCCAGGACAUUCCGAACUCACAUUUCGAAGUGCUGGACACUUCACUCCCCGGCAAGUCCACUCCCGCCAGUGGCGACAGCGCACAAGAACAGGAGGCGGCGGAGCGUGCUGCGCGGGCGCUCCUUUCAUCUCAGCCCCCAGCUGCCCCGGCUUACGAGGCCAAGCCUCUCCAAAAGCCUCGGUGGCACUUUGGCAUUCGCUCGCGCUCGCCGCCAAUGGAGGUCAUGCUCGAGAUUUACAAGACUCUGCAGCUGCUCGGAAUGGAGUGGCGCCGGAAGGAAAACAUUCCGCUGCCGGAGAUUGGGCCGGUCCCGCCCGGCGGAUACACCGAGGAAGUGGAGGAGGCGCUGUGGAAGUGGCGCGAGGAGAACCCAGACAAGGAACCACCUGCAAUGGGCCGCAAGCCGCCAGGCAAGAAGGAGGCGGCCGCGAACGAGAAGGCCGCGCAGGGCUUGUUCUUUGUCGAGACGCGGGCGCGGUACGGGGACGUUAUGGUGCGAAUGGACUUGCAGCUCUACCGCGUGGAUGACCAAAACUACCUUGUCGACUUCCGAAACUUUGGCUACUACCCCGUGGGCGACUCUGAGGCGGCCAACGGCGCCAUUACCGAGGAUGCCCCGCCGGGAUCGGUACCCGGCUCGCUUCUCAGCGCAGGGUCAAUGCCCGCGGGCUCAGUACCCAAGCAAGGUCUGUCGAGCCCCACUCCGCAUGGCAAGCCCAAGGAGUUUGGACAUGGCGUUAGCGGGCCAUUCCACUUCCUUGAGAUGGCGUGCCAGCUGAUCGCUGAGCUUGCGAGUGGGUAAGGAUGGACUAAUUUGGGGGUCUUGUAGCUUUACGAUACGCGGUUGUGCUUUGUCGA